AUGCAGCGUUUACGGCUAAGUGGGGGUGGAAUAUCCUUCUUGUUACGGAAGAGUGUUGUCAAGGCUAACUCUAUUUUGAAGAAAGGGGCCUGUAAACUAGUGGCUAAUGGAGAGACUACUGCUAUUUGGGAGGAUCCAUGGAUUCCCCACUAUAAAGGUUUUUGUCCUAAACCAAUCAGGGGAGGUGCGAAUAACCUCAACCGUGUGUCUGAUCUGAUUCUUUCCAAUGGACACUGGAACGUGGAUAAGCUGAAUGAAAGCUUUGAUCAUGAAACUGUUGCGGAAAAAGCUAUGGAACACCUAUUCCUCUCUUGUGACGUGGCCUUUCACCUCUGGCGAUCUUCUCCUUGGGGAUUUUAUCCCAUUUGUGAUACUGGGAUCCGAGUUUGGGAUUGGGUCAAGUUCAUCUGGGGUCUAAACCAUAGAGGAGUUCAAGUGGAGGAUGCUUUCUUGUAUGCCUCCAUAGUUGUGGAUACUAUUUGGAGGGUGCGGAAUGAUAAAGUUCACAAUAAUUACCUUGUUGAUGUGAAAAAAUGUGUUGAUGAUAUAUAUUUUACCUUUACUGAUAUUCAUGCUUCUUUAUUACCCAGUCCCACUUCUCAUCCCAAGGAAGUUUGGUCCCCUCCCCCAAAGGAUUGGAUUAAGCUGAAUUGUGAUGUAAAAGUGGGUUUUGACGAUAUGUGUGUUGCAGUCGUCGCCAGGAACUAUCUUGGAGAAGUGGUUCGUGUUCAGACGGCAAGGGUGGAAUUUUCUGAUGUGAUCUGCGGAGAAGCUGAGGCGUGCUGUUUAGCGAUUUCAACUGCCUUGGAGAUGGGACACAAGUUUAUUAUAGUUGAGAAUGAUUCGAGGGUGGUGAUCAACGCUAUCAAUGGGACGGAAUCUCGUUGGGCGCUUGAAAACUACGUCUCAUUUUGUACCAAGUCUUCUCACUCGUUUAUUAGUUGUAAUUUUUCUUUUAUUAGUCGAACUUGUAACUUUGCCGCUCACAAUGUGGCUAGAUGGGCCUUUGCUCAUCAUAUGUUUGGAUCUAUCCCGGUUUCGGUGUUACCGGAGAACCUGUUAUGUAAUGACCAUGAGGUCUAG